CGGAUGGGGGUGGGGACAGUUAGGAUGUUGGUGGAUCGGAGUGAAAAAACGUCGCUUUGUCGGCUCUUCUUCUAGCUAACACACCAUCCGCUGCUUUCUCUCAACACGACUUGUUUAGGCAGAGAUGAUAUAUAACCACCUUGACGGCGGCAGCUGCUUCUAUUCUGGUACAUCAAGUUGGAGACAGCAAGUAAGAUGGCAGAGCAAGAAGUUUGUCCUCACCUGGAGUCAAUAGGGGAGGUCACUAAGGAAGACCUUCUCCAAAAAUCUAAGGGAACCUGCCAGUCAUGCGGAGUCGGGGGACCCAAUUUAUGGGCUUGUCUGCAGAGUGACUGUUCAUAUGUUGGUUGCGGCGAGUCCUACGCUGAUCACAGCACUCUACACGCACAGGUUAAAAAACACAACCUGACGGUGAACCUGACAACCUUCAGGAUCUGGUGUUAUGUGUGUGAGCGGGAGGUGUUUCUGGAUCAGAGGCCCACACUGGUCCCUGUUCCAGCUGUACCCCACCACUGCAAAGCUACAGAGCAGGAUGCAGCUGCCCCUUCAGUAGGUCACCCUCUAAAAGCAGUACCGAUUGCAGUGGCAGAAGAUGAUGGCUCAGAAUCAGAGGAAGAUGAACUUAAACCAAGAGGGUUGACGGGAAUGAAGAAUAUAGGAAACUCCUGCUACAUGAAUGCUGCUCUGCAGGCCCUGUCAAACUGCCCUCCACUCACCCAGUUUUUCCUGGACUGCAGCGGAUUGGUGCGGACCGAUAAGAAGCCGGCGCUGUGUAAGAGCUACCAGAAACUCAUCUCAGAGCUCUGGCAUAAGAAACGGCCCAGCUACGUUGUUCCUACCAGCCUGUCCCAUGGCAUCAAACUGGUAAACCCAAUGUUUCGAGGUUAUGCUCAGCAGGUGAGCACCCUGCAAGACACCCAGGAAUUCCUGCGCUGUCUGAUGGACCAGUUGCACGAGGAGCUGAAGGAGCCGCUGACAGAGUGCAGCAUGAGCAGGGAGGGGAGUGACGGAGAAGAACGGCGGGAUGGAGACCGUUCGCCCUCCGAGGACGAAUUCCUGUCCUGUGACUCUGGUUCUAGUAGCGACCGGGGAGAGGGGGGAGGACUGGGGGAGGGGGAGCUUCUCUUGCAGGACGAGUGCGAUGGGUUUCGGUCCCCAUCUGUGGGUGUGGGCUCGGGGACGGUUAUCUCUGAGAAGGAGAGGUUGAAGGAAAAGAGGGUGUCCGGUUCUCCCCUGCACGGAGGCUCUCAAGAGAUGGAUGAGGAUGCAGAUGUGGACACUGCAGCUGAGGAGGGGCCUCCGGAGAGGAGAGAGGAAGAGCCGUCAGCUCUAAGUGCAAACACCGAGGUCCAAGCUCAAGAGGACAACCAGACGUCUGCUGCAGGACAGGCACAGGUCGAAAACACCACUGCCUCAGAACCAGACAAUGAAGCAUCAAUGGCUCAGCCACAGUCCACUCCCUGCAGUCCUGUACGGACGCUGCAGGAGCUGCAUCCCAAACUGUCCUCCAGUCCGCCCCGGUCCAGCCCACUCCGCUCUGCAGGACCCGCCUACUCCAUUAAGAAAGCUCAGCUGCUGCUCACCUCCAGGAAGAAGAAGCAGUCUCACUAUCGCAGCAUAAUCUCGGACAUCUUCGACGGCUCCAUCCUCAGCUUGGUUCAGUGUUUAACUUGUGACAGGGUCUCCACCACUGUAGAAACCUUCCAGGACCUUUCUCUACCGAUCCCCGGCAAAGAGGACCUGGCAAAGCUCCACUCGUCCAUCCAUCAGAACCUGCCUGUAAAGACCGGUGUGUGUCCCGACAGCUACGGCUCGCAGGGCUGGAUCUCCUACAUCAUGGACUCCAUACGGCGGUUUGUGGUUUCCUGCAUUCCAAGCUGGUUUUGGGGUCCCAUGGUUACGCUCGAAGACUGCCUCGCUGCCUUUUUUGCUGCUGAUGAGCUCAAAGGAGACAACAUGUAUAGCUGCGAGAGAUGUAAAAAAUUGCGAAAUGGUGUCAAAUACUGCAAAGUGCUGAAACUUCCAGAGAUUCUCUGCAUUCACCUGAAACGUUUUCGUCACGAAGUCAUGUAUUCGUUUAAGAUCAGCAGCCAUGUCUCCUUCCCUUUGGAGGGCCUCGACAUGCAGCCCUUCCUGGCCAAAGACAGCCCGUCUCAAGUCACCACGUAUGACCUGCUGUCGGUCAUUUGUCACCAUGGCACAGCAGGAAGUGGACAUUAUAUAGCUUACUGUCAGAAUGUGAUCAAUGGCCAGUGGUACGAGUUUGACGAUCAGUAUGUGACUGAGGUGCAUGAGACGGUGGUUCAGAAUGCAGAGGCCUAUGUGCUUUUCUAUAGAAAGAGCAGUGAGGACUCUGUGCGAGAGAGACAGAAGGUGGUGGCUUUGGCCAGCAUGAAGGAACCCAGCCUGCUGCAGUUUUACAUCUCUAGGGAAUGGCUGAACAAGUUCAACACUUUUGCUGAGCCAGGUCCAAUCAGCAAUCACACCUUCCUUUGUCAGCAUGGAGGAAUCCCACCCAACAAGUACCAGUACAUCGAUGAUCUGGUUGUGAUAGUUCCUCAGAAUGUUUGGGAGUAUCUUUACAACAGUUUUGGAGGCGGGCCUGCAGUCAACCACCUGUACAUGUGCGCCAUCUGUCAGGUGGAGAUAGAAGCUCUGGCGAAACGCAGGAAAACUGAAAUCGACACCUUCAUUAAGCUGAACAAAGAGUUUCAGGCUGAGGAGGCUCCAUCAGUGAUCUUGUGUAUCAGCAUGCAGUGGUUCAGAGAGUGGGAGAGCUUUGUGAAGGGAAAAGACAAUGAGCCGCCUGGUCCGAUCGACAAUAGUAAAAUUGGUGUUAUGAAAGGAGGACACAUAACACUGAAGCAAGGAGCAGACUACGGACAGAUCUCAGAGGAGACGUGGCAGUAUUUGUUGGGUAUAUAUGGUGGGGGUCCUGAGAUCGCAGUGAGGCAAACGGUGGCCCCAGCUGACCCAGACGGGCUUCAUGGAGAGAGGAAGAUUGAAGCAGAGACUAGAGCACUUUGAUAUAAAACCGAGGUCUGGUGAUAAAUUUCCACUUCUGCCCUCACAUGAAGCUGAGGAAUUUGCACGUCGGUGAAGAAGCAUUAUGAGCACUUUGUAAAUGUAGCAAUGUCUUAUUUUGAAGCUGCAGGGGGUCAAAGCGGGACCUAAAUAUCAGUUUCUUCAUCGGAUAGCUCUGAAGCUCAGUGUUUGUGUCACGUCUCUGCAGCUGUUUUGGGUAGCUGUAGGUGUCUCAGUGGCUGCUCUAGUGAUAAGACGUCAUGUGCUGCUUCUCAACUGGCCGUGGCAGGCGCCCAACACAUGGUGUCACUAAGCGGAACGGUGCAGUGAUCGUUGCUACGGGGCUAAUUUGUAGUGCGAGGACUGCUUGUUACGCAAGAAGCAAUUAAGAUGAAUUACCAAGCUUGCUGAUGUUUGUCUGUUUAUUAGUUACAUAGCAACAAGCAGACAGAGGAGAUCUCAAAUGAAUGAAACUCCUGCAACUUCAACCUCAACGUGUACCGAGCCCUCAGGAAUGGAAAGGAUUUUCUGUUUGUUUGUUUUGGCCAUGGAAAUGACCGAAACAGGUUUGUUUAUAACUGCAAAACAUGCAUGUGUGGGUUAUGCUCAGUCAUUUCUAGGCUCUAGCUGCAUGCGGCUGUAAGGUUUUAUUCCUGAACGGAUGAGAGGCUCAGUUGUUUUGUUUAAAUGGUUCGUUUACAUACAGAAGACUUUGCUUUUGUAUAGUCUAUGUUAGCACUAUCAGCAAAAGUGGCAUAGGGAGUUUGUAUAGAUUUGAAUGUUAACAUUUCAUUAAUUGAUAAGCAGCAUGGAGAGGAUGUAUCUAAAGACAUAAGAGAAUCUUGUGUUGUAGGUUUCUUUUACAGGAAGCACAUUGCACAGUUCUUCAGACAUUAUCAGUGGCUGUUUUAGAUCUAUUGCAUUAUUUCUAAUCAGAUUUAUCUUGCAAAGGAAUAUUUAGAGAAACUCUGAUUUCUUUGUUAAACUUUAACUUUUCUUCUGGUCUCUUAUGUUUGCUUAGCGGAGGGUUUGAAGAUCCAUAUGUAUCACGAUAAAGUGUUUUCUGUCUUGGACUCUUUGCUUAUUUGUUUGCUUAAAUACGGUUUAAUGAAUGUUUAUGAUAUAAUGCAGCCAUAAAACCUUUAGUUUGAAUUAAAAUGGUUCAGGUUAGGAAAAUAUGUAUUUAUUACAAUUCCUGAAAAUUUAAGGGGAGCAAGAAGUCAGAGGAAUUGCAGUAAAACUUUUCCAGAUGCCGUUUAAGAUUUGAUAUCCUCUUUUUUUUUCUUUUUCUCAGCACAUUUUCCAACGUAUCUCUCUCUCUUUCUCUCUCCCUCUCUCGCUCAUAUUUUUCAUCAGCGGCUCAUUUUGGCAGAUUCAAAGUGCAAUGAAUCAAGCCACAUUCACCUAAUAAAACCUUUAUGUGGCAUAAAUAAAUGACAAUUUCCAUUCUAUCCAAUCGUCAAUUUUACCAAGCUGUUCACCCUGGAGUUUUUUUUUUUUUUUUUUUUUUACAUUUUUUUUGUUGAAAUUAAAGAAUAAGAAUACAAAAUAUGUCCUAUGACAGAUUUUAAGGAGUUCUUAAAGCAUAUUGGAGAAUUUAUUUCUCAGACUGGAACAAUCAUCGGUUAUAAGACCAUAUGUUCUCAGUGGUCCUAAAAACUUAACUUGCUGUCUGUUCUAAGUUAAAAUACAUUUUUGACAAAGAGCUAGACAUUUCAAUCAUGUCCUGCAAAGCUAUUUGCAUGCCAACAUUCAAUAUAUGUAUUUUUUAAUAUAAUUGGUUUAAUUUUCCAACCGACCUAUCAAACACCAUCUGAUAAAUACUGUUGACAUUUAGAGAUAUUCAUAUAAACCAAAUGCAUCUUCAUAGCUCCUUAAACAAGGUAAUAAAAUAUAAGCAUAACAAGCUAUUAUAAAAAUCCAUUUAUUGCUGGUAGUCUUUACCACAUGCAGCAUGUAGUGCCGUUUGUGAACCUUGCAAUUUAGAUUAUUAGACAAUAUAUGAUGAAUAAUCGAGGAAUAUUGAAUUAUUCACUUUUAGUUGAUUGUUUUUUACAAGGUUUAUGGGAAUCCUGCCUGUUUUUCUUCUCCGUUGUUGUUUUUUUUUAAACUUCAUCGGUUUCCAGAGAGAUGUUACUUGCAUAAUGUUUUCCCAUUAAAUAAGUACUUACCGUUCAUUUUCAGACCCGUUCUGGACAGGAUGGUGUUGUGUCUUAAAAAAAAUAUAUAUUACAAAAGAAAUAAAAAUGUAUAUUCAAAGAAAUUGUUUAAAUCACACCUGUGUUAUAUGAAAAAUACUUUAACCCUGUGUAAUUUACUCCUUGAUUCAAAUUUGCUUUUAAAUUAUUGAUUUGUCUGUAAAGAAAAGAUCACUUAUGUUCAUUUCGUUUGUGGUACAAGCUUCUCUUUUCACACAGUUCCAGAUUUUAUGUACAGGAGAUGUUAAUAUUUUUUAUUUUCUAUAGAUGUGGGGAAGAAUGUGCAAUCAGACUAAAGACAAAAAACAGUGCAAUCGUAGUUGUAUUAUAGAGAUGCUAACAGCAGCAACGUGACAGCUGAAAGUUCAAACAGGCUGUAUAACAUGGUAUAAUGCAGUGUUUAGUAGUAAUUAUUUCAUUAACCCCACCCUGCCAGUGUGUUUUCUCAUGUUACAGCAGGUAUGUGCGUGUGAGACAUCAUUCCACUGGAAAAAGCAGGCAUUGCUUGGAAAGUAUUCAAAGGUGUCACGGCACUCGGCGGGGUUCCACAGGGUCAUGUUUUUUUUAACGUUUUUAACAGUGUUUAGAUCUUGUGGUUGUGACUAUGGUCGUGACUAUGGUUAUUCUUGUAAUGUGGGCAACCACAGUACAGAGGAAUGUUUUAAUGUCUGUAAUGUUAUAACUAUGACUGGUUUAAUGAUUAAAAUGU